AUGAAACAAGGAUGCUUGAAACCUCUAAGUCUCAGCACAGGUUCUUUUAUUUGACUGAAGAUGAUCAGACCGCGAAGACGGUCUAUUCUAAUAAUAAAGUAAAGAUACGAGGCUCCUUGGACCAUCAGCCCUGCAGAGGUCAGAUCUUGUCAGAACCCCAGGUGAAAAUGUUGCCUGUCGAUGACAGAAAAGGGUCUUUGAAGCCUGUUUUUGCACAGUUAGGCAAGACUCUUUCUCUACACUUGAUCCUUGAAUUUUAUGACCUGAUCAGACCGUUACCAGACCUUCUUCUGGUUGGGAUGUUUCGAUCUCCUCCACCCUUAAGGCACUUAGGCAACAAUAAAUGUAGAGUCUGUUAAUCUCCUGACCGGAUCUUUUCUCCAGGGCUGUGGGUUCAACACCGUUUAUAGCUCACUCAAAGGCUAAACUAAAGUGAUCUUUCAAAUAUGCAGUCACAAAAUAAAAGAGCAGAGUAGUAAAAUCACAGUUUAGUCAUAUAAAUGGAUAGAAAUAUACAACAUAAGCUGGUAACUCACAUCCAUCAUCAUGUUGUCAAACCACUUCUCUUCAAUUCAUCGACACUGGUUCAUAGAAGUACUCAGAAACCUGCAGCUGUUCCACAUUUUGUCACAGCACACUCACUUGAAUUUACUCUAUCUGAUAAUAGAUACUAAUAUCAGGAUAAUUGUGAAGUGAAAUGAAAUGAAUCAUGUGUUUUUUUUGUUUUAACAAAUGAAAAUCUGAAAGGUGUGGUGUGACUGGAGGGCUGGGGGACACAAGGGUGGAGUUCCAAAGAUUCAUUGACAGUCUUGGUGAAUGUAGUCCAGGAAGUGGAGACAUAAGAGGCGGCAAGGAGACCUGGAGCACACAGAGAAGGAUCCUGGACAGACAGGAAGCAGGAGGCUAAAUCCUUUCAGGAGGGAAGGAGCUGGAACGGGAUUGGCUAACGGGGAGAUUGAAACACAGCUGAGGCAGACGGACGACAGGUGGAACUAAUGAAACACAGGGAGGGACGUGGACAGCAGGAGGAUGGACAGAGGACACACCAACAGGGAAAAAGACUGGAUCCUGAUUCUAAUUGAUCACCAAUAUUCAAGUGGACUCUUUAAUGACUCAUGUGUAAGGGACGGACUGCUUUGGGGGUUGCCAUGGGGACAUAAAAACUCUGGGCGUGGGUAGCCGAUGAGAGGAAGAAGGGGGCGGAUCAGGAAGUGAUGGGAAUGGCGGCAAAGAGAGCGAACGGCGUGAGGAGCCGAGCCCCAGCCUCGCUGUUUUGAGGUUCGGAGAGGCGGUUCAGCUUUGUGGCCGGGAGCGUCACAAAACCGUGGGCGCGCCUCGGACGGGCGUGUGGUGGGCUCCUGGCGAAGCUGCCUCGAGAGGACGCCUCGGGCUGACGGCGAAGUGUUUGGAGCGCCGCCAUUGAAAGUUUCCGGAUGAAGCGCUCAUGCGGAAGUGACUGAGAGCGGGCCCGGAGCGGAGCCCGUCCGGUUACUGAACGCCGAGCUGAGUGUGGAGUGAACCGAGGACGAGUGGUGCAUCUGGCGGAGGAUAGGCAGACGCCGAGUCUCCCGCAGUGUAAACCCGCCGCAACCCGCCCAGAGAUCACGAGUGUGUGUGGCAGAGCUACCGGAGAGGACGGCAGACUGCAGGGGGCGCCGCGUGCGUGGCUAAAGUGGAAUAUAAUUAAACACAAAGUUGUUCCCUGCCAUUCGGCUGUCAUCUCAGCGACCAUCUCUUUUACCUGCUGCACCUUGAUUCAUGUUUACUGUGGAGUCCAGAGGAAAAAAGGUUCAGACGGUCUUGUGGUCGGUUCUAAUGACUCGGUGCCUCACAGCCACACUGGAAGCAAACCCCUCUUAUCAGCAGUGUGGAAAGAUAAUGACAUGGUGAACCUGAGCUGUGAGUCUGAAGGCUGGUAUCCACAGCCUGUGAUGCGCUGGUCCGACCGGAAGGGAAAUCUGGCUGCUGCAGACGCGCGGUACGAUGAAGAUUCAUCUGGUCUUCAUUCGGCCCGCGGUUGGGUUCUUGCUCCCAGCGACUCGCAGGUUUCCUGCUCAGUCGGCAUCAAUAAUGAAGAUGCUAAAGAGGCCUGGUUCCACCUGGGAGAUCCUGAAAAAUCAGCACAAUAUAAACAACUUGCUUCUGAUUCAGACUGUGGAAGUGGUCCAUGGGUGGCCUUUGGGCUGCUCUUUGCUGCCAUCGUCAUUUCGUCAGCUGCACUUGGAGCAAUGUACAUCAGAAAGAGAGGCAGAAAAUCCAAACGCAAACAAGAUGAAACUGAAGGAAUGUUGCAUUUGUGGUUUGUGAUGCUGUGUGUGUCAUUCUGCACUGCUGCUUCUGGUUCAGACGGUCUUGUGGUCGGUUCUAAUGACUCGGUGCCUCACAGCCGCACUGGAAGCAAACCCCUCUUAUCAGCAGUGUGGAAAGAUAAUGACAUGGUCCACCUGAGCUGUGAGUCUGUAGGCUGGUAUCAACAGCCCGUGAUGCGCUGGAAAGACCAGAAGGGAAUUCUGCCUGCACACGUGCGGUACGAUCAAGAUCCAUCUGGUCUUCAUUCAGUCCACGGUUGGGUUCUUGUUCCCAGCGACUCGCAGGUUUCUUGCUCAGUCGGCCUCAUUAAUGAAGAAGCUAAAGUGGCCCGAUUCCACCUGGGAGAUCCUCCAAUAAAGGAAAAACCAGACAGUGGAAGUGGGGGAUGGGGAUGGGUGGCCUUUGGGCUGCUCUUUGCUGCCAUCGUCAUUGUGUCAGCUGUACUUGGAGCAAUGUACAUCAGAAAGAGAGGCAGAAAACCCAAACGCGAACAAGACGAAACUGAAGGGUUCCCACUGAUUCCAAGAGCUUCGCCUACAGUGCCACAGAAUCACUUUGAUCCAUCAGCAUUUAACGACAACUAUGUGAACAUCACACCGGAAGACAGAAAUAAUCCAUAUGUCGCAGUCAGCGGUGCAUGGCUGAGAACUUACAUGUUUGAUGAUUUUCCUGAUGGGCAGACGGUUACCUGUGUGACAGCUGUCAAAGGAACACCUGGAUUCUCCUCUGGACAACACUACUGGGAGGUUUCUCUGAAGAAUCCAAAUUUUCCUGAUCCCAAACAGUCCUGGUGGCUCGGAGUUACAAGCGCUUCUGAAAUUCCUCAUGAGGCAGAUUUUUCUCCAAACUCUUCCAAUGGUUUCUGGUUCUUGUCUUCUUCCAGAGACGUAGAAAAUAAGCUUCAAAUCAGCACAGAGCCACAGUUUUCACUGGCUGUCCAUGAUAGACCGUGUACAGUUGGUGUGUAUUUGAAUCAUGACAGUGGAGAGCUUUCCUUCUACAAUGUGGAGGAAAAAUGUCUGAUUGGAUCUUUAACUGCUGCUUUCACAGGGGAAGUGUUUCCACUGUUUAAUCCUGGGAAAGGUGAUGAAUCACCUAUGGAGAUUUUUCACAAGACAGAACAAACAGAGGGGGACAGUGACACUGGGAAUCAUGUAGCUUCUCCAGAACAAGAUUAAUUCUUCAUAUGAUCUUCGUAUCAACACCAGAUACAACUGGUACGAUUCACACCGACACAUCAUCACUCAUUUAAACUUUGCUGUGGAUUUAAUCAUUACUCUAAGUGUACUGCGGUUCUCUUUGAAACACUAUUGGGACUAUAUCUGUGUUUUUAAGCUCAGGAUUAUUUUGUAACUGAACAACUAAUGAACUUUUGCUUGUGCUCCUCUCCUCUAUGGCAGCUCCAUAAAUUAGACGUUCGACUUGUUUCAUUUUUUUGAUAUACGUAGUUCUUUUAGAUUGUAAACACUCCUAUGUCUGAAUGAUUUGUGUUUCUAAAACCACUUAUGAAAUUAAGUGGUUCUGAUGUUUAGAAACUGAAUUCCAUGUGAUUUUGCUGAACACUAUGUAUUGAAUUUGACCAUUUUUUCAACCUAUUUGUGGAAUUUCUGCGUGUCAAUGUCUCAAAAGAAACAGAUUUUGUGACUGUCGUGAGUUUGAAUAAACACAAUGAAUAAGA